CGUGUAGUUUUCUACUAUCACAAGCGACAAUCGGUGAGAAAAUGUUCGGCGGCAAUGAGAUGAUUUACGUUUAAGCGCAAAGGUGCGGUGAAAACGCGUGGGCGAAGAAAAUUGUGGGGUGAAAAAAAGUGCGCGUGUGGAGUGAAGAAUACAACGCUGAAAAGUAGCCGCUGCGCUGCGCCUGCUUCCUGCUGCCUGGUCUGGACAGACCAGACCCCCUCGUGAACGAAACGUUGUAAACAAUUGUAUUUGCGUGAUUUUCCACCACCAUCCACCCUCAUAUAUCGUGUUACAGUGUAAUGUGCUGAGUGCUAGAGCAAGUAAUAUGGCCCAAUUGAGCGCAAACGAACCCUUUGACGAUGAGCUCUUUGAGACGCGCCUAGAGGCGCUGAAGGACACACAGGAGGGCAUACAGCAGAUGUCGAAUUGGUGCCUGCAGCACCGCCUCAACCAUAAGAAGAUCAUCCAGUCCUGGCUCAACGUUUUCAAAAGAGUGCGUGUGGAUCAUCGAUUGGUGCUCUUCUAUCUGGCCAACGAUGUCAUACAAUAUAGCAAGCGGAAGCGAUACGAAUUCGUGGAAUGCUGGGCCACAGCCCUCCAAAGAGCCACCACCAUGGUGCGAGAUGAACGUGUCAAGGAUAAGAUAUUGCGCAUCUUUAAGAUCUGGGAACAGCGUGAAAUCUACAAUGAGGAAUAUCUGAGCGAUCUCAGCGGUCUGCUCAACAUUACACCGCCAAAGAAAUCGCAAAUUGAUGCCAGCGACGAGUUCCAGAAUGCCACACUCAUUGCCCAGGUGCGCGAGUGCGUGGAACUGGCGGAGGCCACCGACAAGAGCAUGAAGAAGCUGCCGAAGCCACCGCAUCUAGAGAUCGAGACCAUCAAGCAGCAGCUCAAGGACAAGAGCCACUCGGGGGACAUUGAAAAGGAAGUGGAACGCUGUGUGGCCUUUAUAAAUGCCUACAACAAGAAUUUGCAAAACGAAAUCAAGAGCCGCAAGGCAGUGCUUGCCAGCGUGGAGGCGGCUAAAAAGUUUUACGAGCAUCAAGGCAGAGAGGUCAAAGUGGUGGCCAGUGCCUAUAAAAGUUUCGGCACACGCAUAAAGAUUGUGAAAAGGAAGCUGGAUGAGACCAUACCCACGCUGCAAAGUCCCAUACCAUCGCCGGACAUAAAUGCGCCAUCGCCCGAGCGUGAUGCAGAUCUCCAGCUGCCCGACGAGACAAGUCCGCCAUUGGGAAUGAACAUGUUCAGCGGCGGAUUGAAUGGUUUCUCCAGCUAUUUGGACAGCGGCAAGCUCCCUUUCGACAUCAAUGACUUCAAGCGGGACUCGAAGGAUCUGGGAAGCGCCAUCGAGGUAAUUGGCUCGCGUUCGGAUGAUGAGGCCUAUGCGCCGAGCGCCAAUUUCUACAAACCAGAGCCCCUCUCCAGCUACAGCAACAACAACAGCAGCGGCAGCGCUGGCGGUAGCAACAACAGCUCCAUACCUGGCCUUGGUGGAGGAGUAGGAGGCGGCGGCGGCGGCGGGUCUGGUGGUGGCGGGGAAUACAAUCCCAAUCAUUCGCAGUUUGACAGUCCAUUGGCACCGUCUGCGAUUUUUGGUUCCAACAACCAGGAACAGUAUGUGCCUCCGCUGCCCUCGCAUCAUGGCUAUGGGGGAAAUAGUGGCGGCGGUCAGGAUGCACAAUAUACACCCGCUCCAAUGCCUCCACCCCCAUUGCCACCAUCCAUUGGCUCGUCUGGCGGCGGCGGCGGCGGCGGAAAUGGAGGAGAUGACUUCAACAGCACCUGGAACAUGAGCAUGUCGUGGACGCCGCUGGACACCAGUUUAAAUAGCAGCGGUGCCAGUUCCUCCGCCUAUAAUCCGCAGUCCACGCCGCAUUCACCGCCCCAUUUCGAGCGCAAGGCCAGUGUCGCCCCGCCAGAGUACAGCGAGCAUUUGCACAAUAAUGCCGCAGCACUGGGCGCCGAGGAUGUGGAUCAUCGCACGCUCCAGCUGCCGCCGGCCUUUAAUUUCGGGGCAAAGCUGGGUCUCAGCCAGGACAAGACACGCCAGCUGGUAGAUAUUGAUCAUAGGAAUCUUAUAUCCCUCACUGGUUCCCCUGGCGGUGCAGAUAAGGAUUUUGGUGGUGGUGGUGGGGAUGUGGACUAUCGCAUUGUGCCAGGCUCUGCUGAUGAGGGCAUCAUGGCUCCGCCUGGCAAUAGCUAUGCCAAGACCAAGACCAGCUCUCCGCACAAAUCCAAUGCGAGCUCUUCAUCGGAAUCCGAUCGUUUAGAUGGCGGUACACGCUAUGAUCCUGCAGAUAUGGUCAUAGAUAUGGACAUGUCGGACGAUGAUAUCGAUGAGUCGCAGCGAGAACCCAAGGAGGAACUGGAGGAGGCUGAAGCGGAUGCCAAUGGUGGUUUGACGCCAUCGCGUCCUGUACUUUUGGAAACCCCCACAGAUUUCAUGAAUCCCUGGGAGUCGAACAACAGUUUUCUGGGCCAGCCAAUGCAGGAUAUGUCCGGGGAGCAGGACCAGCAGCAGCAGCAUUCACCGCUUGGCCAGCAGCAGCAGCAACCAUGGAAUCAAAUGCCUCAAAUGCAUAUAGGAGCGGGAGCACCGCCGCCGCCGCAACCGCCGUAUGGAGCUCCCUUUCCGUAUCAGCGUUACGGGCCACCCAUGAACAGUCCGGACAACAUGCAGCAGCGUGGCCGUGGACGAGGUCGCGGCUGGUCGAACCAGGGACCGUAUCCAAGAGCACCCUAUCAGCGGCCGCCUGGACCUUACGAUGGUGGACCCGGACCUGGGCCACGACCGUUCUAUGCACGUGGUGGCGGUGGUGGGCCUGGAGGCGGCGGCAGCAUCGGUGGUCAGAUGCGUGGACGUGGGCGCAUGCGUGGUAAAGCUUGGAUGUAA